AUGGGCUUCGGCAGGGUAUCGUCAGCGUGGGUAGCCCGUCACACGGUGACGCCCCGCUCGGCCGGUGAACACAACGAUGCCGGCGUCGGACCCCAGGAGGCGGGUAUUCGAGGCGGCAUGACACAAGACACGCGCCCAGGCCAAUCCAGCCUCACCAUCGCCUUCAGGAAGAUCAACAAGAAGGCUGCGCUCGGCGGCGACGAGGCGGUUGAAAGCAAGGAGAAGUCGCUCGCCGGCAAGUUCAAGGACGGUCUGCUGCGCCACAAGCUUGGCACGUGGCCAGACGCGUGCGCCUGCAAGCUCAAGAACAAUCCUGUCCACCUGGCCGUCCCCAAGGGUGUUCCGUCCGAGAGACAAGUGCGGGACGGCAUCUCGAGCUCACCCAGGCGAGAAUGA